AUGACUGGUCAAAACACCCCACCUCUCCUUGUUGAAGUCAAAUCUAGCGACACACCUCCCACCUCUCAGUGCUUCAAUACAAUUGUUAUGACAAGUCCUCCAGCUCUUGUCAUUCGUACUUCGAACCCUGCAAAGCUCAAGGGAAGAUGGGCAUUAACCUUUGCUUCGCUUUAUGAUGAUAAGCCUAGUCCUAAGCCCAAAGUCAAGACUGAGGACAAGGACAAGGACAAGGACAAGGACAAGGACAAGGACAAGGACAAGGAUAAGGACAAGGCUGCACUUGAUUCCCCAUUAUGGAAGAAUGCGACCCUCGAAUCCGCCCCUGUUGACGAACCGAAAAUUGCAAAGAAUGAGGAAUUUCUACAAGAUAUGGGAGCUAGCCAUACCAAAGAAGUUACUCGAGGCCUGACAAAUGAAUUGACUCCACCGCCGGAGAAGCUUGCGACUUCCGAGUUGUCUGGGCAAGUCGUGGAGGUUUCCCCAGAAACAUCAGAGUCAGCACUCACACCAGUAACGGAAUACGCUUCAAUCGACCUCGAUGUCACGUCUGCAGUUGUCUCUGAUCUAACUGAAGAUGUUUUGAAUUUCGCAAAGCAUGAAAUAAUACCAAAUGUCGAAAUCAUCAAUCAUCCUAGCUUCAGCGAUGUGGUUAAAGGCUCUCAGAUGAAUGACGACCCUAUCGCCAUCACAGAAGAUACCAAAAAAUCUACGAUCCGUCAUGAAUGGACUGGAACAUGCCAGUUCCCUGGAAUCACUGAGAUAUCCAUCGGCCUUCAAGAGGAGAACGAGCUUGAUAACCUCAUCCUCUACCGUAAGGCCCUCGUCCACGACAUGACCCUUGCGCCUCACGAUCCCAACUUCUACAUCGACCUCUGCAAACUCGAUUCCAAACUCGCUUUCAGCGACACCUCAUCCCAUCACGCGUAUCGCGCUCUUCUUCUCAUCAAAGCUGGUCUUCAAACCGUUACAACUCAACAAUCUGAGCUCUCCCGUUUGGUAUUCACGGCUGUUUCGACUAGACUUCGCACAAUCUCUACCGCAAUUAUCAUUGAUGAAUUGAGGUCGAUGUAUGUUAGUGCUUAUCGAUGGUUGGUUCAAGGAUUAUUACAUUGUGGCGCAUUUUGGGAUGGUUUGACGGUUGUUAAGUUUGGUCUUGAGGAGCUUCCUGAUGAUAUCGAAUUGCUCGAUCUCAAAGCAGUAUUAACUGAAUCUUUCAAGGAUAGGCAUCGCAAAGCAGUGGACCAUAUCAAGGAUGGGGAGAUCUUCGAUACGAUUGCAGCUACUCGCCUAGGAAUGAUAUAUCAAAAGAGAUACCCAUGGAUGGCUCCGAAACUGUUCAUUCGAACACCUCGUUUGGUAAGAGAAGUUAACUCCAUGUUUGCAUCCCUUAAUGCAGAAGUCCGACCUGUGGUUUUUGGCCCUCCAGGCACAGCUUCCACAUUCAAAUCUCUUUCAGAACUUCCCAAAACAACAGACGUUGGACCCCUUGGCAUCUUCGCCAAGCGUGAUAUCGAAGAGGGCGAAUCUAUUCUAGCCGAUAAGUCAAUUGCCUGCGUUUCUGAUGUGUCCCCCUCGACUGGACAAUUUUGCGACGCAUGUCACGCUGUCCUCAUUCCACCUUUCAUACGCCCAUGGGAAAUCUGUCUUCCAUCAUGUGGGUGUAAAGUCUCGUUUUGCUCCAUGGGCUGUCUUAAUAUCGCCGUCGGAAGCUAUCAUAAAAUUCAGUGCGGUAUCGACUUCAGCUGGCUUUACGGUUGUAUCUCGCUUCAACUUAAUUGGAGCCCUAUCAUGUUUUUGCGUGUGAUUUCCAUCGUUCUUAGCACGCCUGGCUGGUCAAAAGAUUCAAUGCCACAGAAGAAUCCUUUGCAACAUCCACUGGUGGCAAGAAUGACAGCCAAUUACGCCAGUAAUGACAAACAAGCUAGUCAUGGAUACGAUUGGUCUUAUCAGGACAACAUAGUCGCACCCACCCGCAUUCUCCUUGAUCUCGGCAUCGACAUAUUUUCUCCUGUUAAGAAAACACUCGAAGGCAAGACCAAGCUCCUAGCAAAUAGCUGGACUCCAGAACUCAUUCAGACGAUUUACUGGCGCAUGUCAAACAACGCCAAUACUAGCACAAUUGACAUCGCUGGUCUUUUACAGGGUAGUUUAUCUCCAUCGAUGUCUGAAUCUUCUUCCGGAAAUAGACUUUCCAGGUUUGGACAGGACAACAAUGCACAUUUAAUCGUGUUGAGCCCCAACUAUUUGUUUUUUAACCAUAGCUGCAGACAUAACGUUUCAUGGAAAGGAACAUGCUCAGACGGAACCAGCGACAUAUCAUGGCUAAUGUCUGGGGAAGGACCAAACCAGGAAUUAAUGAAACCUGGAAGUAGUAGUGUUGUUUGCAAGGCUAGUAGAGACAUCAAGGCAGGCGAGGAGUUGACAAUUAGCUAUGUUGGUGAUCCUAUGGGCAAUUACACAGAUGAGGAGUUCUCCGAAAAUCCGAAGUUAGCCAUUGGAAAGUCGGAAGAUGGUGCUAUGAGUCAACCUCGAUUGGCUAUCCGGGGCUCUUUAAUUAAAUGGUUUGAUGAUGAUGCCGGAUGUGGUUGCGGCCAGUGUGCCGAGGAGAAUCAUGAGGAGAAGAUGUCCAAGAGAAUAAAAAUGUGA